GAAAGACUUGACGCUGAAAGAAAAUACAAAUACAAAGCUAAAACUGCUGUUAUCCAUUCAGGAACUCAGGAGCACAAGAUGCUGUUGGCCUGUCUCCUGGUGUUUCUGGUCAUAGAGAAGACCGCCGCUCAGUGUGUUCCAACCCAGUAUACACUUUAUGUAGAAAAUCCAGAAUGUGCCUUCUGUGUGGCUGUAAACACAACCAUCUGUGCUGGUUACUGCAUGACAAGGGAUGUAAAUGUCCGAGGGCUGCUCCCCAGGAUGGCUUUGUCUCAGACUGUCUGUACCUACCAGGACUUGGCUUACCGCACCAUCAGACUGCCUGGCUGUGCUCCUCAAGUAAACCCCUUCUAUACAUACCCAGUGGCCCUAACCUGCAAAUGUGGGAAAUGCAACACGGACUUCAGCGACUGCACUCAAGAGACCACUGGAGCCAGUCACUGCACCAAGCCCUUCCUAGAUUUUCAUCUUGAUCUGCAUCAGAGCAAUUUCUUCCCUCAGUGAAGUGGAGUGAUUGAGGUUCACCUUGCGUUGACAAGUUUCCACCAUGUGCCACUAUAUUCAUUUAUUGAUUGGUUUCAACAUCCAGUUCCAGGCUCCUGGGGCACACAAUUUAUGCUAGUUAUGCUGUCACAAGGAGACACUUGUCUAUAGGAACAAGUAGAAGACUUUACAAACAUUUUGACGAGAGUAUCCCUUUGUAGCCCAACAAUUCUGUCAUUCCUAUUCAGCAGUCACAUUGUUGAAGGUCCCUAAAGUUCUUCAUUCCAGUCCACUACUUGCUAGCCUAGUCUUUGUGUCUACAGUUCUCUGUGUGAAGAAACCUUCUAACCUUUUGUGAAAUAUACCUUUAAGUUCUCAACUGUGUCCCUGUGUUUUUGUUAAAAGAAUUGAUGUAAAUAGUAACAGCUAGGAUGCACCAUAUCAAUUCACUUCAUAAAU